CCUCGGGUAUAAGAGCCACCGCCCUCCUGCCACCUGCCACCAUUCCCCACUCCUGCACCUCUUCUCACCGGACGACGACGAGCCACCAGCCCAGCCUCUCAAGAUGGCCUAUGUCCCUGCACCGGGCUACCAGCCCACCUACAACCCGACUCUGCCCUACAACAAGCCCAUCCCGGGUGGUCUCUGCAUCGGAAUGUCUGUUUACAUCCAAGGAGUGGCUAGCGAGCACAUGAAGAGGUUCUCCGUGAACUUCGUGGCGGGGCAGCACUCGGGGUCAGAUAUCGCCUUCCACUUCAAUCCCCGCUUCGAUGGCUGGGACAAGGUGGUCUUCAACUCCAUGCAAGGUGGCAAAUGGGGCAGCGAGGAGAAGAAAAGGAGCAUGCCUUUCCGCAAGGGCACCGCCUUUGAGCUGGUGUUCAUGGUCCAGGCCGAGCACUACAAGGUGGUGGUAAAUGGAAAUCCCUUCUAUGAGUUUGGGCACCGGCUGCCCCUGCAGAUGGUCACCCACCUGCAAGUGGAUGGGGACCUGGAGCUUCAAUCAAUCAAUUUCAUUGGCGGCAACCCCCCGCCAAGCCAGGGUCCUGGACACACCCAGCAACUGCCAAGUAACCUGCCUACCAUGGAGGGACCCCCUAUCUUCAACCCGCCCGUGCCAUUCAGGAGGAUCUUGCAAGGGGGGCUUACAGCCCGAAGAACCAUCAUAGUCAAGGGUUUUAUACCCCCUACAGGCAAGAGCUUUGCGAUCAACUUCAUCGUGGGGUCCACGGGGGACAUGGCUCUGCACAUUAACUCCCGUCUGACCGAGGAUACCGUGGUCCGGAACAGCUACCUGAAUGGUUCGUGGGGAUCCGAGGAGAAGAAGAUCUCCCACAACCCAUUUGGUCCUGGGAAAUUCUUUGAUCUGUCCAUUCGCUGUGGCAUAGAUCGCUUCAAGGUUUACGCCAACGGCCAGCACCUCUUCGACUAUUCCCAUCGCUUCUCGGCCUUCCAGAACGUGGACGUGCUAGAGAUCCAGGGUGAUAUCAACUUGUCCUAUAUCCAGAUCUGAUCUAUUCCCAGAGCCAUAACUCUUGGGGACACAGAGAGAAAGAGCCCACAGGACUCUCUUCUAAGCCCUUAAUAAAAUGUCUGAGGGUGUCUCAUGCGUGUCCGUAA